AUGGCAGCCGCAGCAACGCGCACAGGAGUACGCGACGUGCUGAGCUUGUACGCAGCAAGUGCAACAUGUCGGACGGCGGCGUGGGAGGCGCUCAAGGGCGCCGCGGCCAAGUCGGCGGCCGUGGUGGCAAUCGACGAGUCGGCGGACGGAGAGGCUCAGGCAGAGAGCGGCGAUGACGCCGUGGUAGAGCUGCGGCUGGGCGAUGAGGCUGAUGGUGGCGUGGCGGGAGUGGAAGAAGACGGGACAAGCGAGGGUGCGGUGGACGAUGGCCCGUUUGAGCCGCACAUGUACCUGGCGGCGCUCGAGACCAAGCACAUCGGGCGAGCGAUGCUGUACGCCGGCGAGGUGACGUCGACGCAGACGCUGCUGCACAAGCAUCUGGGCCGGGUCCGGGUGCCUGGCGCGGGGCUCAUUGCCACCGCCGACGUGCAGAACGCCGGCCGUGGGCGGCGGACAAACACCUGGGACUCUCCGGUCGGAUGUCUAAUGUUCUCGGUCCAGCUCGAGGCCAAGCGCGGCGAGGUACUUGUCUUUCUGCAGUACCUGCUCUCCCUCGCCGUCCUCCGCGGCGUCAAGUUGGCUGCGCCUCAAGUCGAGGGCCUGCGGCUCAAGUGGCCGAACGAUAUCUACGCCAUCCCGCCCGGCGCCGACGAGCCGGUCAAGGUCGGCGGUGUCAUCUGUGAGUCGGUCUACUCUGACGGCAAGUUCAACAUCACCGCAGGCAUCGGCGUCAACGUCAACAACGCACAGCCGACGGUCUCACUCGCUCAGCUGGCGCCGGCCCCGACCCGCAUCCGCCGCGAGGCCGUUCUGGCCGCCACGCUCAACGAGCUCGAGGCCGCGCUGGCCGUCUUUGAAUCGGAAGGCUUUGCUCCGUUCGAGGCCGAGUACCUUGACGCCUGGCUCCACACCGGCCAGCAGGUCCGGGUCGACUCGCUCAUUGCGCCGGUGACCGUCGUUGGCCUCACCGACUCGGGCUACCUCAAGGCCGAGGACCCAGCAACCGGGACCGCCUACGAGCUGCAGCCCGACGGCAACCGCUUCGACUUUUUCCAGGGCCUCAUCUCCUCUGCACUGUAAACGUCGUGUG